AUGGAUGAAUUUGGCCAGUCCCAGCUCAUACUUGCGGUAAGUUGCUUUGUUUCUGUUUACAAGAAUCGGUGCAUGAAUAAUUUUCAUGGUAAUAUGAAAAACAACUGUAAAUUUGCAUACCAAAAAGGUGGGAAAUUCAUUGCGAAGAUAUUCCGUGGUAAAGAUACAAGUCUCUUGUAUUGUCAGCUCAAGUUGUUUUUCCCAACUGUCACCUAUGCAAAACCUAAAAGCAGCCGCAAUUCUAGUAUAGAGGCUUUUGCAGUCUGCGAAAAUGACUCUCCACCAGAAGGAUUUAACCCGAGAGAUUUGUAUCGUCUCUUGGAGAAAGUUGGCAGCCCUUCAGGUGGUGGAAGCCACCUCGGUAAACAAAAUCUCUUUUUCACUUCAUCUUCUCAUCAAACAACAAAGUGUAUUCCAUUCUUGGCAUGUGGUGACUUAACCGGUUAUGACUCAGACCGAUCUUACCCACUCCCAAAAGAAGCAGAUGGAUCGUCAUACCAGAGUUUGGAUCCGGUUCAGUCUCCGAUUGCACCACCUUAUAAACGAGCUCAAGAAAGCUUCAGCACAAAGCAUCCAAGACACAUGAGGUAUUAA